UAACUGUAGUGACGUGUUUUCCAUUUUCAAACCCCAUGCUUUUUUUUUUGUGGCUUUGGCUCGUUAUCUAAUGUUUGAAAGUUAACUUAAUCUGUAAAAAAAAUAAAUAUAUAAAAUGGGAGGAAAGAAUAAACAGCGAACGAAAGGAAACGUCCGGCCGUCCAGCAGCGGGCGGGCUGCCGAGUUGCUGGCCCGGGAGAGUGGUGUCGUUCCCGGGUUCGUGGGGUUCGGCACCACAACGACCACAGAGCCGGGCUAUGUGCCUGCUGUCCAUGGGGCAGAGGAGAUUGACAACCUGGUUGAUGCUGACUUCCGCCUGGUGUUGAGGAAACUAUCUAAGAGAGACACAGUCACCAAACUGAAGGCAGUGCAGGAGUUUGGGGCUAUGUGUCAGGAGCGGGACUCAGAGGUCGUUAAAGGAGUUCUGCCUUACUGGCCCAGGAUCUACUGCAAGAUUUCAAUGGACCACGACCGACGUGUGAGAGAGGCCACCCAGCAGGCGUUUUUACAGCUGGUCCUGAAGGUGCGGCGUAGUCUAGCUCCCUACCUGAAGAGUGUGAUGGGCCACUGGCUGCUGUCUCAGUGUGACAGCUAUCCUCCCGCUGCCUCUGCUGCCUGCCAGGCCUUCAGCGCAGCCUUCCCCCCCAGCAAACAGGCUGAGGCUCUUAGCUUCUGCAAGGACGAGGUUCUCACUGUACUUCAAGACAACUUGCUGAAGGAGACGGCAGACACCCUAAGUGACCCACAGAGUGUUCCAGAGGAGGAGAGGGAGGCGAAGUUCCUCCGUCUGCUUACCAGCUCUCUACUUGGGGUGAAGAGACUGCUGUCCUCCUUACCCCAGACAGACACACACAACCUGCAGGACAGACUGACACACCUCCUCAACCAGGCCAAAUUCUGGAAGUACAGCAGACACAAGACCCCACAGGUGCGUGGUGCUUUCUUCGAGGUGGUGUCUUCCCUGUGUGAACACACACCAGGUCUGGUGCAGAUUGAGGCUGCCAGAGUCUGUCCUGCUGUUCUACUGUCUAUAGACGACACGGACCCUGUGGUGCUGCCUCCUCUCUGGGAAGCUGUGCUCCACACGCUCUCCACCUUAACAGACUGUUGGAGUCAUGUCAACGCCGGGAAGGCUGUUCUGCCUAAACUGUGGUCCCUGUUAAAGGAUGGGGGUAAAGGUUUAGCCACGGCCCUCCACCCUAACCUGCUACCCCUCAUCAGUAAACUACCCUCUGAGGUCACUACACCUAACCUAGACUUCUACACAACCUUCUGCAGCUGUCUCAUACAAGGCUUGUCCAGUGAGCGUGCUGUGUCCAGUCCGUCAGAGAGUGCUGCUAUAGUGGUGUCGGCAGUAGAGUGUUUGAGAUACACUCUGUUACAGAACACUGGGGAGGAGGAGGAACACACACAGAUACGCACCAUGCUCCUAGAACAACAGCUCCUCCCCCUCAUCGACAGUGCCCUGGGAAGCCCCUCCCUCCAAGCCGGGCCCCUUUUCCCAUUGGUUACGGACAUGCUCGUCUCUUGGGAGAAGAGGGCUGGACUUCAGGAUGUGGGUUUGCUUAGCGAGGGAGAGAACGAGGUUGUCUUUGAUAGGCUGCUGGCAGACUUCUGGGAGGGGCUUAGGGUGAUGUUCGCCCGUCGUGUACAGAGUGACAGUCUGGAGCAGAAAGACCUAGAAGGAAUGUCCUCGCUGUUACAGGUGAUGCAGAGCCCAGUGAGUGCAGGCAGGAAGCAGACCAAGAAGAAGAGAUCGGUGAAGAUAUGUUUCUCUGAGCCAGAGAGUUCCGGUUCUCCAGAGGAAGAGGGGGAGGCGGCGCUGAAGUAUGCCCAGCUGGAGGCCCCUGAGCUGGGCCAGGAGACGGCCGAGGGCCCCCUGAAGAGCUGGCAUCUGGAGGAGAUUGUCUGUCAGCAGGCACAGAUCAGUUACUCCCGUGUGAAUGAUAAGAACUCAGAGAGACACCUGGUGUACCUCUCUCUACUUCUUCGCUCCUUCCAUACCCCCAGGGUCUUCACCAUGCUGCUCAUCACAUCAGAAGAGGAGAAAUUAAAAGGGAAGGAUGAGCAGAAGGCAGACGGAGGAGGGGGUUGUGGGGUGCCCCCCCCAGGUAACCCUGCUGUACGGUUUCUAUUGGAGCAUGUGGUGCUGUGGCUGGGGCAGGAGGACAGGAGAGACACCAGUUACCUGGUAGAGAUGGUGUUCAGUUCUCUACGCUGUUGCAGUCCACAGGAGUCCACACGCAUCCUCAACCAUAUCACCACGAUGGAUCUAAAAUGGGGAGUUCUUCUCCAGAUCAUACAAAAGGCGUGUGCGGACCCUGUAUCUCUGCAGGCGUGUGGUGAUUGGUUUAAGGGCUCCGUGCUGGGUGAGCGGCUGCUGGGGUUGGCUGAGGAGCUGUGUGAGGCGGGACUAAAAGGCUCUGGCUCCGCCCCUAAUAGGGACAGCUGGGCUCUGAUCAGCCUAGCACUGUCUCAGCAUCAUAAUAAUGAGCCCCUGAUAGGAGCUGUGUACGUGGAGAAGAUGAUAGCCAAGCUCCAUGCCACCCUGUCCGCGGCUAAAGGUCUGUCUGAGAGGGGUAAUCUGGAGCCGCUGGUGUGUUUAAUCUGUGAUGUGGCCUCCACGUUCUUCACCUCCGUAACACACUGCCUCCUCCUGGCCUCCGCUGAGGAGCUACUGCUCACGGUCUUCACACUCACCGCACAGGACCAGACACACACACACCUGUCAGACUCCCUGCUGAAGAAGCUGAGUCAGGCGUGUCAUGCCGGUGUCCUCUCAUUGGUCCAUCACUCGGGGUCAGAGGUGAAGGAGGGCAGCUUCCUAUACAGCGCUGCAUUCUGGGUCAAAACCCAGCUGCUCACCUCCUCCCUGGGAGUCAAAAGUCUCCAGGUAUUGGUUCUCGCAGUCCAGAGGCUAGCUGACUCACUGAGAUCUGUUGGUCAGCGAGGCUCCGCCCUUCUCUCCCAGUUCCUCUCCUUCCUGACUCCCAGCCAAUCAGAGUGGAGCAAGAUCAGACGGGCCCUGCCCCCUCAGUGGGUGAGGUCUCCCCUGCUGUCUGGACGUCUGAGGAUGGUCUCUGACUACCCCUGUAUGGAGGUCUGGAAGGUCAGAGGCUCAAGCCGACUGCCUGCCCACCUGUGUGUGUGUGCCCUGCUGACCAGAGUGGUCUAUAACACAGAUAUGACUGUUCCUGCUGGUGCUGCUAUUGCUACGGCUGCAGUGUGGCCAGACGACCAGGAGGGGGCAGGAGACUACAUGAAAGACUUCAAACACACAGUUUGUGAGCUACUGUAUGCGGUGCAGUGGUGCAGGGAGAUGGACUACAGCCCUGCUCUAGUAACAGAGUACUACGCUAUGUUGAAGGACUGGGACCUAACAGACCGUAUAGACAAUCAAGGACCAGCCACUGAUAUACUGGACACACUCUACAGCAGAUCACUAGAGGAGGGGGGACUGUGGUCUCUGACUCUACAGAACUACAUACACACCAACCACGUGGCUGAAACGGCUGGCACCAUCAACACACUCUGUGGCAGCCCUGACAGUCUGUUCCCCCUGUCAGAGAGCAGGCUCAGUACUCUACAGGUGCUGUGUCCCUAUCUGACCACAGAGGAGAGAGAACGUCUCAUUUCCCUGGCUACCGCUGGCAUACUCAACUGGCAAGAGGACCACAGUGUUUGUGGGUGUGUGUCGGUGCUGUUGUGCUGUCUCAAGGCCUCCACGCCAGUGCAGGAGGAGCUGCUAAUAGCUGUACUGGCCACCAUGAUGGAAUGGAGAAACAGCAAAGAAGACUGGUUCCUAUUCAGCAGUGACCUGUCCAAGACGACCGCGUCCCAGCUGUCUCUCAGCGUGGAGAUGAUGCGUUUCCUGUCCCGGUUGGUGACUCAUUUUCCCACAAUCCUCGGGGGCAGCCAGUGGGACUUCCUGCUCUGCUCCAUGCUGGCCUGGCUAGAGACGACUAGCGAUAACGUGGGUUGUCUGUGGAACCCCUGGGUGCAGUUGUUGGUGUGUGAGACCUGUGAGCUGAUCGUGCAGCUGAACCAGUUCUUCACAGCGCCCCCGCCUGGUGUGGAUGACCUACUGCCCUCAGAGCUGACCGCAGAGUGGAACGACUUCUUCAUAGAGGGGAUAUACAGCCUGAUGCUGCCACUGCCUGGCAAGAUCACUGAGGCCUUCAAGGAGCCAGACGAUCCACUGUUCCCAUUGGCUGUCCUGCGGUCUGUGGGCAUGGCUCUGACCUACGUCCCGCUGCAGCAGCUUACCCAUAAUUCCUUGCCAGCGCGGUUCGUGGCAGACCAGAAGACAAGCCUACCUGAGGCACUGCAGACCCUACUCAACACACUAACUCCUUUGCUGCUGUUCAAAGCCAGACCUCUGCAACUCACUGUCUACCACAUACUAGACAAGGUAAUGCCUACUCUCCCAGAGUGUGAUGGAGAGGGAGACGACACCAAACCAGAGGACGAUGGAGAGGAACCGUGUCUGUCUCCCCCGGCAGCUCUGAUGACCCUCCUGUCUACGUGCGAGGAGUUGUGUGAGAGCAUCAUGGUUGGAGUGUGUGUAGGGGAGUUUGCAGUGGUUCAACCUCUCUCUGUGGAAUACUCCUGUAUCCUGGCCUACCUGCUGGCCUGGAAACUACUGCUGUCCUUCUUCAAGGCUUCUCCCUCCCACCUGCGUGUCCAGUACUCUCUCUAUCUAAAGAAGUCCCUCCACAAGCUCCUCCUCCAUCUGUUCAGACUGAUGCCUGAAAACCCCGCCUACAUCGGCCAGGGGGCGGAGUCGGUCUCCAAGGAGACCAAGACAUUCUUCACAGAGAGCCUCUCUCUGGACGUCAACAAGUCGUCCGGUAUCCAAUAUGAGCUCUCCCACCUGGCGUGUUGUGUGUACUACAGUGCGGUACAGGACCUGCCUGCCAUGGUUCGGUUGUGGUGGACCAGUCAGGAGAAGAGAGUUAGCCACACGGUGGAUAAGUUCACAGGACGAUACGUCUCGCCUGUCCUCUCUGCUCAGGAGAUCUCCUCUGUACACGCCAGCACACAGACCUUCGACAGCAUGACUGUGAAGGCUCGUUCGGCAGCGCGGGAGGUGAUCGCCACCUACUCAGUGGAUGAUAUCUUCAUAGAGCUGGUGAUCCAGCUACCACAGAACUAUCCUCUAGGCUCGAUCACAGUAGAGAGCGGCAGGAGGGUGGGGGUCGCUGUACAACAAUGGAGGAACUGGAUGUUACAGCUCAGUACAUACCUCACACACCAGAACGGCAGCAUAAUGGAGGGCCUGGCUCUGUGGAAGACCAACGUGGAUAAGAGGUUCGAGGGAGUAGAGGACUGUAUGAUCUGUUUCUCUGUUAUCCAUGGAUCCAACUACUCUCUGCCCAAGAAGGCCUGCCGGACCUGCAAGAAAAAAUUCCACUCUGCCUGUCUGUACAAGUGGUUUACCUCUAGCAACAAGUCCACCUGCCCUCUGUGUAGAGAGACCUUCUUCUAGCAACAAGUCUACCUGCCAUCUGUAUAGACCUUCUCCUAGCAACAAGUCCACCUGCCAUCUGUAUAGACCUUCUCCUAGCAACAAGUCCACCUGCCCUCUGUGUAGAGAGACCUUCUAUCAACAAGUCCACCUGCCCUCUGUGUAGAGACCUUCUAGCAACAAGUCCACCUGCCCUCUGUGUAGAGACCUUCUCCUAGCAACAAGUCCACCUGCCCUCUGUGUGUAGAGACCUUCUCCUAGCAACAAGUCCACCUGCCCUCUGUGUGUAGAGACCUUCUCCUAGCAACAAGUCCACCUGCCCUCUGUGUAGAGACCUUCUCCUAGCAACAAGUCCACCUGCCCUCUGUGUAGAGAGACCUAAUUGAAACUAUGUUACCAUGGAUACACAUAGUCACUGUUCCGUUGCUAUGGAUGCACAGAGACAGUUAGGUUCUGUAUUUGUAUGUAUCUCUCACCACAACCUUCUUAUAGAUCAGUGCAUCUCAAUAGUUUGAGUUUGCUCACAAUAUUGCUCACGAUGUUGACGAAGAAUAUUAUAUUAUAUUAUUAUUAUAAUAUACAAACUCACCCCAUCUGCUAAAUCACACUGCUAAUAGCUUUAUAUUGGUAAAUACUGAGAUUGAAGAAAAAUAAAAUGUUCAGAGAAUUAAAAUGAUUUAAAUGUAACGAUAAUCUUUUUUACAUACCUUCUACCUGGUAUUAGUUGUUUCAAUUCAGACGAGUAUCUCAACAACAACAACAAAAAUGUAAAUAAAUAAAUAUUUUCACUCAGAAA